AUGCCAGCAUUUGGUAAGCGCAGCAGCGUGGGAGUGGCACAGGAACUGAUAGAUGAAGGGUACAAGAGAGAAAGAGAGGAACCCAUCGACGGCUGGUACAAGUUUCUCUCUCAAGUUGAGGGAGAGUACUACAACAUACCGCGCUCGGAUCCGGUCAACGACAUAGCGCGCUUGCGCGAUGAAGAUAACAAAGAUAUGCCACACAAUAUGAGCAAACGCGAUAUGAUACGUGCAGCAGAUUUCAAUUUCAUCAAAGUACUUGGCAAGGGUUCGUUCGGCAAAGUGCUGCUGGCCGAGCGCCGUGGUACCGAUGAGCUGUAUGCGGUGAAAGCGCUGCGCAAGGAUGUCAUCAUACAGACCGACGACAUGGAAUUGCCCAUGACUGAGAAGCAGAUGUUGGCAUUGUCAGGCAAACCGCCAUUUUUGGUCUCACUACACUCGUGCUUCCAGACUAUGGAUCGCCUAUUCUUUGUCAUGGAGUACUGCAAAGGAGGUGAUCUUAUGUACCACAUGCAGGUCUAUGGACGUUUCAAGGAAUCAGUGGCGGUCUUCUAUGCUGCUGAGAUUGCUAUUGCUUUAUUCUUUUUACAUGAGCAUCACAUUAUCUAUCGCGACCUUAAGUUGGAAAAUGUGCUGCUGGAUGGUGAGGGUCAUGUCAAGCUUGCUGAUUUUGGUCUCAGCAAGGAUGGUAUUGCCGAUCGUGACACUACGAGAACCUUCUGCGGCACGAAUGUGUAUAUGGCACCCGAGAUUCUCGCCUAUGAAACCUACAGCCACACCAUUGACUGGUGGUCUUACGGUGUGUUACUCUUUGAAAUGUUAGCCGGACAAAACCCCUUCGAGGCUGAUGAUGAGGAGACCACAUUUAAAAAUAUCAAGGAGAAAAAAUCAGUAUUUCCGAAACACUUCUCUCAGCAGGCUAUGGAUGUGUUGACGAGCUUCUUUGCCAAAAAGCCCAACAAUCGCUUAGGUGCUGGCCGCUAUGCUCGUUCUGAGAUUACCACACAUCCAUUCUUCAGGAAUAUAGAUUGGGACAAGGUUGAGGCGAAGGAAAUGGAGCCGCCUAUUGUACCGAAAAUUAAACAUCGCAAGGAUAUCUCGAACUUCGAUAAAGCUUUCGUUGGCGAAAAAACAUAUUUGACACCAACCGAUAAAUUAUUCAUGAUGAAUUUGGAUCAGAGUGACUCCAUAGGCUUCUCUUAUAUGAAUCCGGAGUUUAUCACUAUUAUCUAAAAUGCAUAUAAAAUGCUCAAAGUACU